GUUUUGUUUUCAUGCUGUCAUCAUGGCGGACAAGGAGACGCAGGAUCACGACGAAGCUGUAGAAGAGUUUUGUAAAAUUACGGGAGUCGAUAGAGACAGAGGAAGGCUUUACUUAGAAUCUUCUGGAUGGGAAUUAAAUUUAGCUCUUUCAAGUUUUUAUGAAGAAGGUGAAGAAAAUGAAGUAGAAAAUAAUGAAUCUUUCCAAUCUCAAUUUUCUCAGUCAAAUAGAGUAGUUCCAGAAUCAAGAUUUGCUACAUUAUCCAGUAUUAGAAGUAAUGAAAAUGAAGAGGAGGAAGGUCAGGCAUUUUAUGCAGGUGGCUCAGAGAGAAGUGGACAACAAGUUUUGGGACCAGGCAAAAGAAAAGCUGGACAUGAUAUUGUUGAAGAAAUGUUUAAAGCAGCUAAAGGCCAUGGUGCACAAGUGGUUGAAAUAAAUGAUCCAACAGCUAAACAAAGCAGCAUCUUUCAUGGAACAGGUUACCGGUUAGGAUCAAGUUCUGAUGAUACUCAGGUUGUAGCAGGAGCAUCCUCUAAUUCAGAUGAAACAAUUGACAUGUGUUUAAAACUUUGGAAUAAUGGAUUUAGUGUAGGCAAUGGACCAUUACGUGGAUAUGAUGAUCCUGUGAAUAAAGAUUUUCUUGAAUCCAUAAGAAGGGGAGAGAUUCCAAGAGAAUUAGCUAUUCAAGCUAAAGGUGAAGUCAAUCUUAGCAUGGAAGAUCACAGGCAUGAAGAAUAUACCAUGCCUAAAAAGAUAAUUGAAGCAUUUUCAGGAGCUGGUCAUAGGCUGGGAAGCCCUACUCCUGGUGUUAUAUUGCAUCAAGAAAACCAAAGCAAACCAUGUGAAGAAGACAAUAAAAGGAAUGAAGAACUUGCUCGAUCUAUGUUACAGUUAAAAGAAUCUGAACCAACUACUAACAUUCAAAUACGUCUUGCUGAUGGUUCGAGAAUGGUUUUAAAAAUGAACCAUACUCACACUGUUGGAGAUAUAAGAAGAUAUAUUGUGACAGCCCGUCCACAAUACAGUGCCAGUUUAUUUGCUCUGCUGACAGCAUUUCCAAGUAAAGAGCUAAAUGAAGAUUCCAUAACUUUGAAAGAUGCAAAUAUUUUAAAUUCUGCAAUUAUUCAAAAGCUAAAAUAAUAAUUAAUUUUUGUUAACAAAAAUGUGUUUUAUUUCUAUAUUCAACAAUUAUGUUGUUUGUAUUGUUAAGAUAAUAUGUAUUUGGAAGACUACUGACAUCUGUUGGUGCUUGUCAACUUUUUUAUGUCCUCUAAAGGAUAAAUUCUAAAUUAAAUUAAAUUGCAUAUUGCAAUUUUAUUUUCAGA